AUGAAGUUCACUAAUCUUGCUCUCACCGGGGCUGCUAUCGGUCUUACCAACGCCAGCCCUGUCUCGAAGCGUGCUAUCAGCGAUGCCAACGUCCUCAACUACGCCCUCACUCUUGAGCAUCUUGAGGCAUCUUUCUACGCGGAGGGCCUCAAGAACUACACACAGGAGGACUUCAUCAAGGCCGGCAUGAAGGACCCUUUCUACGCCAACCUGAAGGAGGUUGCUUCCGAUGAGAAGGAGCAUGUUGAUUUCUUGACCUCCGCGCUCAAGGCUACCGGUGCCUCUCCUGUUGCCCGAUGCACCUACAACUUCCCAUCCACCGAUGUCAGCGGGUUCCUAGCCCUUGCCAGCGUUCUUGAGGGUGUCGGAGUCAGCGCCUACCUCGGGGCCGCAGCCUCCAUCAUGAGCGAUACCUAUCUAACAGCCGCCGGCAGCAUCCUUACCACAGAAGCACGACACAGCGCGUACCUGCGUGCCGCGGUCGGCGAAGUCCCCUUCGCCCAGGCCUUCGAUAACCCCCUCGGCUUCAACGAGGUGUACACGGUCGCCUCUCCUUUCAUCGCCUCAUGCCCCUCCAGCAACGGUGCACUGCCCGUGAAGGCUUUCCCCUCGCUCAUGAUGACCUCGAUGGACGCCGUCAUGACAGGUUCGCAAGUACAUCUUAUGACUGGCAGCAGCUUCGACGCAAGUACCAGCGACGUCCACGCCGCCUUCAUCACCGUCACUGGUCCAGUCUGGGCUCCUCUCAAGUCUAUGGGUGAUGGAAAGUUCACUGUCACUGUUCCUAAGGGUGUUGCGGGACAGAGCUAUGUCGUCCUGACCAAGGGCAACAAGCAGGCGACUGAUGACAAUAUUGUUGCUGGUCCUGCCAUCAUCGAGAUUGGAAAGAAAACGGCUCUGGGUACCCCGAGUGGUAUGGCCGCUAUGGGUAUGGGUGGCAAGAAGAAUAUGACUAUGCCUACUCCUACUCCUUCUCGGUCUAUGACUAGCCCCUGGAGUAGCUCUUCUGCUACUGGGUCUGCUUCCGCGUCUCCUGUUUACGAUGGCGCUGCUCAAAAGAUGUCCAGUGGCAUUAUUGGUGCUGUGGCUGCUGGUCUUGUUGCUGUUGCGGUUCUGAUUUGA